CUGGAAACCAUGGGAAUCUCAAGGUCACGUGGGUGGAGUAUUGUCAUCCCCGCCUUCCACUCCAGCUGCUCCAGGUCUUCCUCCAUCCCAUUUCCUCAUAAUAAGAACCACUCCUCGCGUUCAAUUAAGCCAUCAAGAUGUCAGCCUCACCAUUCCAGCCAGGUGGUCAUGGCCAUUCUCAUGAACAUUCACACGAUCACUCCCAUGACAACGUCGCGGCCGACCAUGGACAUACUCAUGAGAUCCUGACGGGACCCGGUAGCUAUAUGGGGAGGGAGAUGCCGAUUAUUGAGGGGAGGAAUUGGUCUGAGAGGGCUUUUACUGUAGGGAUUGGGGGGUAUGUAUUGAUUCAUUUAUUCUUGAUCAUUUAUUAUAUUGAAAGUUUCCAUUUCUGUCUGGUUCGGGACGCGGGGUUCAUUCAUGAUCACGUUUCUGAGAUGUUCUUUCUUUUCUCCUCUCGAAAUCAAUAUAUGAACUUCCUCGUAUCUUCACAAUCGAUUUCAUUUUCAAUGUCUUAUCAAUCCACUAACAAACUCCCAGACCCGUCGGUUCCGGCAAGACCGCUCUCAUGCUAGCCCUCUGUCUCGCUCUACGAGAAAAGUACUCGAUAGCAGCCGUAACCAACGACAUCUUCACACGAGAAGACGCCGAAUUCCUCACAAAAAACCUCGCCCUCCCCGCGCUCCGAAUCCGCGCCAUCGAAACAGGAGGCUGUCCCCACGCCGCCGUCCGCGAAGACAUCUCACAGAACCUCGCCGCGCUCGAGGACCUCCACCAAGAAUUCACGACCGACGUCCUACUCAUUGAAUCCGGGGGUGAUAACCUCGCCGCCAACUACUCGCGCGAGCUGGCGGAUUAUAUUAUUUAUGUGAUUGAUGUGAGUGGCGGGGAUAAGAUCCCGAGGAAGGGGGGCCCGGGCAUUACGCAGAGUGAUUUGUUGGUGGUUAAUAAGACGGAUUUGGCGGUUGCGGUGGGGGCGGAUUUGGAUGUUAUGGAUCGGGAUGCGAGGAAGAUGAGGGAGGGGGGUCCGACGGUUUUUGCGCAGGUGAAGAAGGGGGUGGGUGUUGAGCAUAUUGUGGGGUUGAUUGAGAGUGCGUGGAGGGGGAGUGGUGCGGGGGAUGUGAGUAAAGAGAGGGGUGGACCGUGGGCUACGCAGGGAUUGGAGAGUUUGAGGAAGUAG